AUCUGCCCAGCCUACCUGCCUCUAGCGUUUGCUGUGUUCCUUACAUGGCUUACGGCAAUUUAAAAUGGGAUUUAUUGUUACCGUCUUUCAUUGAUACGCUUUGCAACAGUUCCUUCAAGACCAGAUUUGUACCCGUUUAGGCCUAUAGUUGUCCCAUUGACAGAUUCCUUGAUCUGAUUCAGACCACAUAAAUAAGUUGCAUCUCAGUUAAACAUUUUUUUUUGUGCCAAUAUUUGAUUUGUCUAAUGAUAUAAUAAAUGUAUUUGCACUCGCUAACCCAAGCAAAAAAAGUUAUUUCUUUCAUCGUAUCAUUUAUUGCACAUUGCCUCCAGUAGUGGCAGCACCAUCUGCUACAGUCUCUACUGUGUUCAUUUCUCACGGCUUAAAGAUUCAUCAACUCAGCUCCAUUAGCAACCUUCAUCUCCUCCUCCUUAUAACCUCGCACACCAUUAAAAAAAAAACAACACAUAAAACAUACAGUACUCUGAUGUACAAUGUGCUGUCUUUUUGAUUAACUUCCUGUUCCUGUCUAAUGGUCCCACAUACACACAGGCAGCAUCUAGAUUGGUCCCUCUUGUCUGGUGGAAAGACUUUUUUUAAUCCUUGAUUGUGAUUGGUUGCUGAUGUGAUCUGCAGCACCCAGCCAAUGGCUGCUCUCAGAUUAGGCAGGAAGUCAAUCCGAUAGAGUUUUUACCUUGCCUGCACAAAUCUACAAAUCUUACUGAUCCAGAAAUAGAAAACAGAAGACGUCGAGGCUGAGAAGAGAUUUUUUUCUUUCGGCCUAAUUUUUCUCUAGUUUUUCCUCUCACUCUCUCUCUUUUUUUUUUUUUUUGCCUGGAUCUUCAAAAAACGUGCAACUUGUAAGGUGGUAAACUCUUCUUCUGAUUCAACCCAGAAGGCUCAAAUAACAGAGAUGCCUUCCCUGUUUGGAACAGAACCAAGUCGUGAGAAGAAGAUCGGCCACAGGAGAGUAGAUGCCCACGGAGAGACUACAUAUAAAAAAACCACCUCUUCUGCCUUGAAAGGGGCAAUCCAGCUGGGGAUCGGAUAUACCGUUGGCAACCUCAGCUCCAAGCCUGAGAGAGAUGUCCUCAUGCAGGAUUUCUACGUGGUGGAAAGCAUCUUCUUCCCCAGUGAAGGCAGCAACCUCACUCCAGCCCAUCACUACCCAGACUUCAGGUUCAAAACCUACGCCCCCGUGGCCUUCCGCUACUUCAGGGAGCUGUUUGGGAUCCGGCCAGAUGACUACCUGUACUCGCUGUGUAACGAGCCGCUGAUUGAGUUGAGCAAUCCGGGAGCGAGCGGCUCCAUUUUCUAUGUGACCAGUGAUGACGAGUUUAUCAUCAAAACCGUCCUGCACAAGGAGGCAGAGUUUCUGCAGAAAUUACUCCCUGGAUAUUACAUGAACUUGAACCAGAACCCCCGCACUUUGCUGCCCAAGUUUUUUGGCCUUUACUGCGUCCAGUGUGGCGGCAAGAACAUUCGAAUAAUUGUGAUGAACAAUAUAUUGCCACGCUCGGUUCGCAUGCACCUCAAGUUCGACCUCAAGGGCUCAACGUACAAGAGGCAAGCCUCCAAGAAGGAAAGGGAGAAGUCCAAGCCCACGUUUAAAGACCUGGAUUUUCUGAGCGACGUUCCCGAGGGCCUCACUUUGGAUCAGGAAAUGUACAGCGCUUUGGUCAAAACACUGCAACGGGACUGCCUGGUUCUGGAAAGUUUUAAGAUCAUGGAUUACAGUUUGCUGCUUGGCGUUCACAACCAAACCCUAGCAGAGAAAGAAAAUCAGUCCCAGGGCUCACCAGCAGGAGGCGGCGAUGAGAAGAAGCCUGCAGGACAGAGGGCUCUCUAUUCCACCGCUAUGGAGUCCAUACAGGGCGGGUCCACAUGCAGGGACGCACUGGAGCAUGAUGACACUAUGGGAGGAAUCCCAGCAAUGGGAAGUAAAGGAGAGCGCCUCCUGCUGUUCAUUGGGAUUAUUGACAUUCUGCAGUCCUACAGGCUGAUUAAAAAACUGGAACACUCCUGGAAGUCUCUCAUCCACGAUGGAGACACGGUGUCGGUCCACAGACCCAGCUUCUAUGCGGAGAGGUUCUUCAAGUUCUGCAGCACAGUUGUCUUCAGGAAAAGCUGCUCAUUACGGCCAUCUCCGUCUAAGAAAGGUCGAGGGGCCCUCUCGGGGUCCAAGUACAGUGCCGGAGGCGGAUCGGCCGGACAGCGUCCCUCACUGACUGACGAAAGGCAGGAAAACCUGGAGAACUUGGAGAACCUCAGAGGAGCCCGUAGCUUCUCUAUACAGGAAGAGAAUGGUAAAGAGCCACCCUGCACCCCUCCGUCAUUUGAAGACGCAACGACAGCAUCUAUUGCAACCACACUGUCAUCCAACAACUCUUUACCGACCACCCCGUUUGAUACUCCAGAACACCCGCGCCCCAGAAGACAAAUGCAUUCACCAAACAUUGUCAGAUCACAAAAAGAGCUGGUUGAGGUUCACGGCGAACGUCAGGACACUAUAACCGUGGAAGUGGAGCUGAGCAAGAUCCCGCAGAGUACGGAGCUGACGCAGAGGGCAGAGACCCCGUCUUCCAGCCAACAAUCGCUCAGUCAUCAAACUUGCACAGCAGCGCCGUCCGCCCCCAGCUCUGCAUGUCCGUCCUCUGCAUAUUCCUCCGCCACUCUUCCUCCUUCCUUUGCGUCAUCCUCCUCUGCUCAAUGUGCUGCCCAGUCAUCCUCUACGCUUUCUUCGUCCAUCCGUCCGUCCACCGAGCCGCUCACCUCUCCAGGAGCCGCUCGGUCUCUGAUUCUCUCUUCUCCGGUCUCUGGCUCUAAAGCAAAAUCUGUUCAGCUUACCGGUUUGUCUCCAAACGCCUCCACCCUCACUCCUGCCUCGGCGUUCACCCCCAUCCACCCGGCGUCCGCCAGCUCCUCCCAGCAUUUCCCCUCCACGCCUCCCUCGUCAGCCCCUUCGAGCCCCCAGUUGCCUCAGGAAGAACCGCGAACUUCACAAAAGCAGCUUUCGGUGUCCAGCAGCCACAGCUCCUUGGAAGCGGAGGUGCAGGUCUCUGACAUUUACUUUUAUGCGGAUGGAAGAUACUGGGUGUAUUCUCCAGUUCUUGGCCGUCGUAAACUUAACUCUAGUUCGAGUUACAACACUCAGGAGGACCAGAGCUGUGUUUUCUCUCCUUUCCACUGCAGCUCUGAGUCCAGAAGAGACUCAGAUGUGGACAGUGAAACAUAAUUUCAGUCGGAGGCAGCGGCAGUGGGUGGAGCCAGAGGCUUUCUCCUCACACAAAAGCUGGGAGAGUUUAAUGGUACAGGCAGCAGGAGGCUGAUGAUUUACUACUGGCUGCUGAAGCUGCAUGUAAGAGUCUGCUUUGCUUAUGAGUAAAUCUUAUUACCUGGCAUUCAGCUGAAAGAAUGCAGCUUUGCAUUAUGCACUCGAACAAAUGUACGGAGAGAUUUACUGCUAAUAUAGUGGAAGACUACAACGUAGCCGCGAUCAGGACAAUUUGCUCAUACAGAAGUGGAGAAACGUAUAAAUCUU